AUGUCUAGAUCGCCAUUCCAGGAUCGGGGACAUGAUCGUGAAAAUCCACUUUCACCAUUUGAUGAUAGCUUUCAGUUUGAAGAUAAGGAUAAGACUAAUUCUUUCUUGAAGGGAGACGCUGUAACUGUGGAAGAUGUAGAAGAAACCAAAUACGAUGAUUCAAGCUCCAUUCUACCGACUCCUGUAGUUGGGGGAACUGCCCAGUUCGAAGAUAUUGAGUUGAACUCUGAGCUCCCAAACAGUUCUGAAACAGAGAUGAAAAGGUUACGACUUGGUACGAAAAGAGUUAAGAGAGAAACAAAUUUUGAUCGAAAUAAGACUAAAACGAUAAAAUGGGCCCAGAAAAAUGUUCACAUACCAUUCAAAAAACAUGAUGAAGAUGCAGAUGUUGAUGAUAACGAAACAGGACUACUAAAUAGAUCUGACGAAUUUAGAACAAUUUAUCAUAACAUGCCUUUGCCAGAUGAGAUGCUAUAUGAAGACGGGCUACCUAUCAUGGAAUACCCACGUAAUAAGAUUAGAACUACCAAAUACACUCCAUUAACUUUUUUCCCCAAGAAUGUAAUGCUCCAAUUUAAUAAUUUUGCCAAUAUCUAUUUCUUGAUUAUGAUUAUUUUGGGGGCUUUCCAAAUCUUUGGGGUGACAAAUCCGGGGUUAGCUGCUGUCCCAUUAAUCGUUAUCAUCAUCCUUACGGCUAUUAAGGAUGCCAUCGAAGAUUCAAGAAGAACGUUGUUAGAUAUGGAGGUUAACAAUACACGUACGCACAUCUUACAAGGACCAGAGAACCCAAAUGUUCCAAUAGAUAACGUCUCUUCCUGGAGAAAGUUUAAAAAGGCAAAUACCAAACUAAUGCUAAAAUUCUUCCAAUUUAUUAAUGAAAGGUUUACGGCUACGGGGAAGGAGGCAAGAAAGCAACGCCAAAUGAAAAGAAGGAGAGCCAAGAAACUAGGAAAGACGGAACUGCCUCGAACAUCACUCGAUUCGUAUCAAAGUACAAGAAUGUCUGCCGAUUAUUAUCGUCCUUCUUUAGAACAAUCUAAUAUUGACUCUACUUUUGAAAACGGUGAGAUCAGUGUAUUGGACCCAUCAUUACCUCCAAUGGCGAACUCAAAAUUUGCCAACGAUUUUUGGAAAAAUGUUAGAGUUGGUGACAUUGUCCGUAUCCAUAACAAUGACGAGAUUCCAGCUGAUGUCAUUCUUCUAUCGACGUCAGAUAUUGACGGUGGUUGUUACGUAGAAACUAAAAAUUUAGAUGGUGAAUCAAAUUUAAAAGUUCGCCAAUCCUUAAGAUGUACAAAUGCUAUUAGAAAUUCUCGUGAUAUUUGUCGAACUAAAUUCUGGGUAGAGAGUGAAGGACCUCAUGCAAAUCUAUAUGUCUACCAAGGUAAUUUGAAAUGGAUUGACUCAUUGGAUGGACAAACUCAUAAUGAACCAAUUACCAUUAAUAAUAUGCUUCUUCGUGGUUGCACCUUGAGAAAUACAAAAUGGGCAAUGGGUAUCGUUGUAUUUACUGGUGAUGAUACAAAGACCAUGAUUAACGCAGGUGUCACACCUACGAAAAAAUCUAGAAUUUCUAGAGAAUUGAAUUUUUCAGUGCUAAUAAAUUUUGUCUUUCUCUUCAUCUUAUGUCUUAUUGCUGGUGUAGCUAACGGUGCAUAUUAUAGAAAAAAACCGAGAUCAAGAGAUUUUUUUGAAUUUGGUACCAUAGCAGGUAAUCCAACAACUAAUGGGUUUGUUUCAUUCUGGGUUGCUGUUAUCCUUUAUCAAUCUCUUGUCCCAAUCUCACUAUAUAUUUCCGUGGAAAUUAUUAAGACAGCUCAAGCCAUAUUCAUAUAUUUGGAUGUUCUGUUAUACAAUGAGAGGUUAGAUUACCCAUGUACACCUAAAUCAUGGAGUAUCUCAGAUGAUCUUGGCCAAAUUGAAUACAUCUUUUCAGACAAAACAGGGACCUUAACUCAAAAUGUCAUGGAAUUCAAAAAAUGUACUAUAAAUGGUGUAUCUUAUGGUCGCGCCUAUACAGAAGCAUUAGCAGGACUAAGAAAAAGGCAAGGUAUUGAUACUGAAAAGGAAGGACGAAUUGAAAGAGAAGGAAUAGCGCAAGAUAGAGAAAUAAUGAUAGAUGAUCUUCGAAAAAUUUCUAACAAUUCGCAAUUCUACCCAGAAGAACUUACCUUUGUCUCUAAAGAAUUUAGUCAAGAUUUACUCGGGAAUAAUGGAGAAGUACAACAAAAGAGAUGUCAACAUUUCAUGUUGGCGUUAGCUCUGUGUCAUUCUGUAUUAGUCGAACCAGAUAAGAAUGAUCCUAAUAAAUUAGAAUUGACGGCACAGUCACCAGAUGAGACAGCUUUAGUUACAACUGCGAGAGAUAUGGGGUUCAGUUUUAUUGGGAAAACCAAGCAGGGCUUACUGGUAGAAGUGCAAGGUAUACAAAAAGAGUUUCAGAUCCUUAAUAUCUUAGAAUUUAACUCUUCCAGAAAAAGAAUGAGUUGUAUAGUCAAGUUGCCACCCGCUACCGAGAAAGAUGAACCUAGAGCAUUAUUGAUUUGUAAAGGUGCCGAUUCCGUCAUUUACUCCAGAUUGAGUCGUAAACCUGGUUAUAAUGAUGAAACCUUAUUAGAGAAGACUGCCCUACAUUUAGAACAAUACGCCACUGAAGGUUUGAGAACAUUAUGUGUUGGUCAAAGGGAAAUAUCUUGGUCUGAAUAUCAAGAGUGGAAUGAAAAAUACAAUAUUGCUGCCGCAUCCCUUGCAGGCAGAGAAGAAGAAUUGGAUCACGUUGCAGAUCUUAUUGAACGUGACCUAGUAUUAUUGGGUGGUACUGCUAUUGAAGAUAGAUUACAAGAUGGUGUUCCGGAUUCUAUCGCUUUGUUAGCCGAAGCCGGUAUUAAAUUAUGGGUUUUAACCGGUGACAAAGUGGAGACUGCGAUUAAUAUUGGGUUUUCUUGUAAUUUAUUGAAUACUGAUAUGGAAUUACUUGUUAUCAAGACAACUGGGGAGGAUGUUAAGGAAUUUGGUGAUGAUCCAACUGAAAUUGUUAAUGCUUUAGUAUCCAAAUACCUGAUGGAGAAAUUUAAUAUGACUGGUUCUGAAGAAGAGCUUGCUGCCGCAAAAAAGGAUCAUAGUCCCCCUCAAGGUGAAUUUGCCAUAAUCAUCGAUGGUGAAGCCUUAAAGAUCGCGCUAACUGGGGACACUAUGAAACGUAAAUUUUUACUUCUCUGUAAGAACUGUAAAGCUGUUUUAUGUUGCAGAGUUUCUCCAGCACAAAAGGCAGCUGUGGUCAAGCUUGUAAAAGAUACGCUUGACGUUAUGACUUUAGCCAUAGGUGAUGGGUCUAAUGAUGUCGCCAUGAUUCAAUCUGCGGAUGUCGGUGUUGGUAUUGCCGGUGAAGAAGGUCGACAAGCAGUUAUGUGCUCUGAUUAUGCUAUUGGACAGUUUCGGUAUGUGACCAGAUUAGUUUUGGUUCAUGGGAAAUGGUGUUAUAAAAGGCUGGCAGAAAUGAUUCCUCAAUUUUUCUAUAAGAAUGUUAUUUUCACUCUGGCAUUGUUUUGGUAUGGUGUUCAUAAUGACUUUGAUGGUUCAUAUCUAUUUGAAUACACUUAUUUGACGUUUUACAAUUUGGCAUUUACCUCAUUACCUGUUAUCUUCUUGGGGAUAUUAGAUCAGGAUGUCAGUGCUACUGUAUCUAUGAUUGUUCCGCAACUGUAUCGUUCAGGGAUCUUGAGACAAGAAUGGAAUCAGACCAAAUUUUUAUGGUAUAUGUUUGAUGGUAUAUAUCAGUCUGUCAUAUGUUACUUCUUCCCCUACCUAAUCUACAGAAAGACUAACAUUAUUACACAGAAUGGUCUUGGGUUAGAUCAUCGUUAUUAUGUCGGUAUCCCCGUGACUGGUAUUGCCGUGACGUCGUGUAAUUUCUAUGUGUUAAUGGAACAAUACAGAUGGGAUUGGUUUACAACAUUUUUUGCAUUUUUGUCCACCAUAGUCUACUUUGGUUGGACAGGUAUUUGGUCCAGUUCCAUUGCCAGUUAUGAGUUUUGGAAAGGUGCUUCACGUAUGUAUGGAACACCUUCAUUCUGGGCCGUUUAUUUCGUUGGAUUUUUAUUUUGCAUCUUACCAAGAUUUACAUACGAUGUCUUCAUGAAAUAUCUUUAUCCAUCUGAUGUGGAAAUUAUUAGAGAAAUGUGGCAACAUGGUGAUUUUGCCCGUUAUCCCGAUGAUUAUGAUCCAACUGACCCCAAUAAACCCAAAGUUGAGAAAGCCCACGAGUGGGGCCAAUAUAAGAUCGUGGACGAAUCCAUUGGAGAUGCUGUUGUCUGUGCAAGUGAUUCACAGGGAACUAUUGUUACUGAAGAAAUUCCAAUGAGUUUCUUAGAUGUUAAGAAGGAUUCCUCCAAUCAAGUUACGAGAGAGAAGCAAGUUAGUAGAGAUUCAUUAGACGAGGACGAUGCACGCAGAGACUCUAUGAACAAUGCUAGAAAUAGUAUGCAAUUCAGACCAUCGUCUAGUUCCAGGGUAAGAACAUCCUUGGACCGUACAAGGGACGAAAUGCUCGCAUCAAAUCAAUUAGACACGCGGUACUCAGUGGACCGGGCCAGAGUAUCAUUGGAUCUACCUGGGGUAACGCAUGCGGAGAUGCUGCUCAGGGGCAGUACUAGCAAGGACAAGUAG